AUGACGUUUCAAUGUAAUUUAGAUUCAGUGUGAUACCAUAUUAUGAUUUAUAGUUAUUAGGUAAUAGAUUCCUACAAUAGUAGAUUGUCAUAUCUUACUUCCAAAAUGAAUCUGCAUGGCCAUGAUUUGGAAACAAAAUUCUUCAGAACAACAAUAAGAAAACCUAUUAAAAUGUUGAUGAAAAAUUAAAAUUAAACCGUUCAACGACUCCCAAUGCAAAUAAUAUAUCGCUAGUUCGCUGCAACCGUAUACGCUUAUUUGAAUACUACAGUAAAGUAAGCUGAUUGCAGCUAAGGGCUAACUUGUAGUGACCGAAGCGGCCCACAGCCGAGCUACCUAUGGAAUGGAGCUCAUACGGCCCGAUGGUCUUGGCGGUGGUGUUAUUUCUACUGGUGGGGACAAUCAUCGAGCGCAGGAUAGAAGGAGCCAUUCGUCGCGUUCUGGAUCACCGCCAAGCCCAAAUGCAAGCUAACCAAACAAACCAGUCAUCCGAUCAACCAACCAACCAAUCAACCAACCAACCACCCAACCAACAAGAUCCAGACGAUGGAAGAAAUUCCCGUACAACAUCAGCCACGUUCACUAAGAGUGCAAUGACAAGCAAUUCCUCAAUAAUCCGCAGACCUAUUCCACCUAUCAGAGCAGGCACCAAGUCCUCAGAACCUUUACUUAAAUCUGCUUUUAGGUCUAAGUCAAGCACUUUAGAAUUCAAAUGACGAAAAGUUUAACUGCUCCUUCCACGUCGCAAUCCGUUUCGCUGUUUAGAUGAAAGACCCGCUGCUCGCUGUA